GUCAGCCAGCCUGUUCUCUGCCACAGUUCCGCCGUCCUCCCCACGCCCGCUCUCCGUACCGUGUCCCCGGUCGCUGUCCUAUUCCAACCGCUCACUGUCUGUAUUCGUCCAUCGCUGUCCCGCCCGGUGCUGUCGUCGUCGCCAUCGUCGCCCUAGUCGUCACCCCACGGCCUGCUCCCGCGUCUGCCGUUACGGCUUAUUUACACAUUCAUACAGCCUGCCAUCCCGCCGAGAGCCACGUCUCCAAGCCAUAUAGCCUCUAGAGCCUCGUCCUGCCCCGCGUCGACACACACCGCGUUCAUAUAUGUUUUCAGCCGCGCAUAUCCGACUAUAUUCUGCCUCCACUCCUCACCUGUUCUCUGCCUGUCUUGCGUCAUAGCAACACCAGCAAACUCGGCCUUUUCCUUCCUCUUGCGCCCGCAUCCUCGUGUAAUCUAGAACACUUUCCUUUCCCAUCCAUCUUAACCUCCUUCCGUCGUGUCCCAUAUCCGCCCUAUUCUCCUCCCUUCCUCUUUACAGGUACGUUCUCUGCUUUCGACCUCCCGUCGAAACAUAUCCCUCUGACGGUGCCAGACAUAAGCUUACUUUGUCUAGUACAUGGGAAUCAUAUUGUCUAUUUUAUUUCCCCGUUUCAUGUUUACCGAGCGAUCAUCCACGUCGGCUCCUUCUUCCCCUUCCUCCUCCACUCGCUCUCUUUCUCCUCAACCCUUUCACGAUGCGCAUGCAGACAUCUCACCUUCACCGUCUCCAACUCCCUUCUACACGCCUUCUAACUCUCCGCCGCCUCCGCCGGAGAAUCCCCAUAACACUAGCCCACAAAUUCGCAACACAAUCCUCGAAUCUCCACCGUUGGAUUCCCAUCCAUUCGUCCCGCACGCGGUCGGUUUAGGUAUUGCUUCUCCUCGGCCAAUGUUUAGCCCGCUCUCUGCCUUUCAUCGAGAGCAUUCCGCUCAAACGCAUCCCACUGGGUCGCCGAUACAUACCAGGAUGAAUCCAUUUGACUCGCCUUCGUUUCAUGCGUCGAGUUCGGGUUCAAGUGGUCUACUAAGUCCCUUCAACUACGAGCAUUGUGAUAGUCCUUUACCCUCACCGCCGAUAACUUCGGGCAGACAGCCGCCCAAUGUUGCUUUCAGCUCUGAACAAAUAGACCUUGCGUAUCAGUCGCAUACUGCCACUCAUCAAGGCAGCUCAGGAGUGUCAUCACAUGUAGGUUUACCAGAACCUAUAUCCGUCUCAAGCCCACACAGUUAUACGCAGUCGCAUCAGCCGACCGCGUCAUCGUCGUCCGUGCGGCUCUCUCCGCCUUUGUUUGAAUCAAUAGAUGGAGUUGCAUAUCAGGAAGCAGUCGGCAAGUCAUAUCCGACCACCACUGACGUCUCUAGUCCCUCCGGUACACUUUCCCUCGAUCUAGAGGGCAGCCCCCAUGGCGUUCGUCCUAAUCCUCUGGCUGGUCCAUCAAGUUCUCUGACACCAUCAAAUUCUCUUGCUGUCAAUCCGCUCGAUGAUGAGCAUUCGCCGAACGGUCUAGCGUCGGCCGCUGGUGACUCUCCACAGUUCGACCCUACGGAGUUUGAUGCCGAAGGUUUGAGUACCCUUGAGAAAAUUUAUUUGUUUUCAAGAAGCAAACUGGGGUUUCAUCGAGUUUACAUUGCCAAUGCACUUGCGGGCUUUCUCCGCGCAGGUACCAAUGACGAUGGAACACCCAGCCAUACAGGCGAUGAUCAAGAACACGCUCCGGUAGAUUCCAUAAGUCCUGAGGAGGCUGUCGAGUAUGUCCUUCCAUUGCUUAAUGGUCUUGCCAUGGAUGAAGACGAAGCAGUAAAAGAAGCCCUCUCAGCCGAGCUUGUUCCUAUCAUUUGGUGGUUUAUCACCCGGUGUAAGCUUGUUGAGGACGAUGGUAUCCCUGCUAUAGAUCUCGAUGCUGAGCAAGUCCUGCAGGGUGCGGAUUAUCCUCAUCAGGCGUAUCACAUCGAAGAAUCACCACCGCACCCACCACCAUCAUCGCAUUCAGACGCCCCGCGGGACCCCGCUGUGCAUCAUGAACCCAGCUUUCCGGCCAUUGUUCGGCCUAUACCUCUUCGACCAGGCGAAAAUCUUAGGCCUCCAACACCUAGGCCUCCAACGCCAAGGCCAUGUACACCUCGACCUCCGACGCCUAUUCCAUCGGCGAGCAUGCCUCCCACUCCCGUACUUCCAACGCAAAUAUCUGUUCAAUCCUUCACCCCUAUUCUAGGUACUCUCCUUCUUAGCACCAAUGCUCGUGUAGGUGGUCCUGCACGCUAUGCAGUGGUAGAGCUGCUGAAGAGGGUACGGCAAGCUGACCAAGCUGACGCGGAGGCACGCCGUAGUCGUAGUGCCUCCCCGAUUCAGACUCAGCGUAGUGCUUCACCCACGAAAUCUUCCCAUUCAGGGACGAGUAAUAAUGGCUCACGACGGAGCGUAUCCAAGAGCGAGGAGCAGGAUGAUGACGACGAACAUAGGUAUUCUCCUGUUGGUUUGUUUGGUGACGAAGAACGAAGGAUAUUUGAGAGGGAGAUGGUACAACAAGUCGUUAUCGGGAUGGGUCGAUUGGACAUCCCUGAUGACAACAAUGCUGUUGUUGGUGAUGUAUCAACUGACACAGAGAUAGCUACACCCGGCGUUGCAUCUACUUCCAGUCUCCCUACCCCACUGCAGUCACACACGGCAGAAACACCACAUGCAGCUUCAUCUGCCGACUCAUACUUUCCGCCAAUACCACCGUCUACGGAACCCGACAUUUCUGCCAGUUUUUCAGCCUCUUCGAGCGAAACCAGAUCCAGAUCCGAUUUUUCCUUUCAAUCUAAUGCCUCCAUCGCAUCACCGACCCCGACCUCGCCUAUGGCGUUUUACGACGUCUACAGCACUCCAGGUCCUCUCUCGCCUCCCCUCGAAUUCCCGCCACCGGCUCCUUCUCCAGCAUCGCCCCCACAUACUGAUAUCCCGAUAUCUCCGUCGUUCUCGCCGCUCUCUGCCGCUUCAAGUUCUACACCUUCCCUGACUUCGGGCUCUUCAUCUGUAUCUUCCGUCGAUGUAUCAACAACUGACCUUUCUCCUCAUACGCCUCCACCACCACCGCCAUCGGGAUCAUCAGGAUCUCAGGGCGGGAGUGAUGUCAAUGGACGAAACGUAGGUGUUGUCGAGACAGCUAAUACUCAACUUCCUUGGGUUCCUCCCCGAUCACCUGGUGACCUCCCGCCUAUCUCGGAUGAAGAAAGACGGGAGUGGGAACGACAAUAUGCCUCUGCGAAUUUUACAUUUUUGUCUUCAGAUGCUUCGCCAAGUGCGCAGUUAGCUUCUGGAUCUACAUCUGGGGUGUCUAGUUGGGGAGUGGAUAUACGGUCGGUUGUGAGAGAAGGUGCGGAAGGGUCUUCACAAGAAGAGAAUGAUUUGAGUGAGGAAGCUGCUGUGGGGAGGUUGUCGAGCAUGAGCUUGAUGGCUGCUGUUACUGCGAGUGGGUUUCUUGCGGAGGAUACCAAGGCUGCGUUUGUGAAUGAAGUCGAACGAGUCGGGCGCGAUGCUGUAUAUUGGGUGCGUCGAGAAGCGAGUUUCGCUGUGGGGGCUUUGGCGAAAGUCGUUCCCGUAGCAGUCGUCAGGACGAAACUCCUCCCUCUAUUCAAGUCACUUUGCCAUGAUCCCACUUGGCAUGUUCGACAUUCCUCCCUAUUCGCCUUGCCCAACAUCCUAUCUCGGUUAGAACCGCCGGAGAAACGUCAGCUGGCGUUGGAUAUCAUCCUUCCGCUAUCAAAAGACGAGAAUGCCACCGUUCGAUCUGGCGUCAUGGAAGCCCUUGCUGAAGUGAUGUUCACUUUUCACGAAGACGAAGGAGGCCCGCCAACUGAGCUUCUCGAGUUGUUCUUGGGGAUACCAGAGGGACAGACCGAGCGACUGCCCUUGGAACAGCUCACACACCAACCACAACCUGGUGCUCCCAUGAAUUGGAGCGAGUUUGUUGCCUCGGUCACUGGUACUGCUCCUACACCGGAUGCGAGGAAUACGGAUAUUUAUCACGAUCCUACUCGACCGCUAGUUUGCGCGUUCAACUUCCCUGCAGUUGCUCUGACCCUCGGUCGAGAGAGAUGGCAUGAAUUGCGGUCACUUUACCUCGAAUUGUCUCUCAACUCUUCCCUCAAAGUCCGAAAGACUCUCGCAGCAUCGUUAGGUGAACUCGCUAAGAUCAUUGGUCCUAAACAAGCUAAACAGGAUCUGAUGGGUGUUUGGUGGGGUAGUGUUAGGGCUGAAGAGGGCGAGGUCCGGUUGAAGGCUAUUGAGUGCUUGGAUGUCUUUGCGGAAAAUAUUGCGGAGGAGGAUAGGAGGGAUAUCGUCGGAGGUCUUGUAUCGGAGGUGUGGGAUCUGAAGCUGAGAGGGUGGCGCGAACGGGAGAGUGCGAUGAAACUGCUGGCUCCGUUCGUCUCGAUGGGGGGCAUUCAGGAUGACGUUCUUCUGAAGUUUCUCAUGAAGGGACUGGAAGAUCUUGUUGCGGCCGUCAGAGAAGCCGCUGUGUCUUCGAUACCCACGUUCAUUUCGGAGUGGUCAUCACGUCCUCAGUCUUUGGACGAACUCUUCCGAACUAUACGACCUCUCGCCACUGCAAGUUCAUACCGCAAGCGCAUGAUCUAUGUUGCAUGCCAGCAGGAGAUCAUCGUGUCGGUGAAUUACCAUAUCCUUGUCGAGACUCCUGAGUUCUGGGAGACUAUGCGGAUGUUAGCCAAUGAUAGCAUUGUUGAUGUACGUAUAAGAGUCGCCCGUCUUUUAGGAUUACUUUCAGAUAAAGUCCUAGGACCAUUGGACAACGUCGAAGAGAAAUUGUCCGACCUCGCCGAGACGUUGUCUCGAGAUGUCUCACAUGAAGUUCAGGCGUUCGCUCAGCCCAUUCUCCAAGGCCUUCAUCCUAUCUUCGUUCCUAGAAAGGACCCUGGUCGAGUUAUCAAAAGCUCUUCCAAUUUCUCACGGCCACCACCUCCUGCGAUUUGAUUUAUAUCAGGAACUUCCUCGUCGCACCCACUCGAGCCUUAUACUUGCAGGGAUCAGCCCUUUGCCGAAUCAUUUCUGCGACAUCGUUAUUCGCUACCAGGCGCCAGAGAGUGCGAAUGCUGCUCUAGUAGUUGCAACACUUUCCACUUUCCACCGGUACUUCGUUUCCUACAUCGUUUUGCUUUGCGACUAUCUUGUAUCAUUGCAUAUAUAGGUUCUGCCUAUUCGAUUUCAUACUCUUCUCAUAUUAGCAUAUCGUUGUAACUUAUUCUACACCUUAAGGUCAUUUCACGUAUUUUGCGUUUUUAUUCAUUGCUUUAUUGCGCAUCCUACAUCCCAAUGUAGCUAGUAGAUAGACGGAUUUGCCGAAUCCUCAGCCUUGCUCCUUCUACGAGA